AUUUCAACAAACUCCUCAAUUAUCUUCAAUUAACGUAUGUUUCUGCUGCUGAGCCUAAUCCGCAUGUGGUCAUUCAAGGUUAAACUGCAUGAAAAGAAGGACUCAAGGCUUACUCCAACGUUUGAUAACCAGAAAUCUGUAUUAUUUGGCUCUACAAAUUGCCAAGUAUCUAAAAUUGUCCGAAAAAGAUGGAUCCAGCUAUAUACUUGUGCAUUGGGCCAAAUAUAAGGU